AUGGCGAUCGCAAGGCAAGUGCUUUGUCUGUCUGCUUUCCUGUGGCUGCCGCCCGCUCGCGCCGAGCCCAUCCGCUACUCCGUAGCCGAGGAGGCGGAAAGCGGCUCCCUGGUAGGCGAGCUGGCGGAGGACGCGGGGCUGACGCCGGCGCAGCUCUCGGCUCGCCGCGCCCGCCUGGUGUCGGAGGACGGCCGGCAGCAUUUUGCCUUAGAGCGCGGCUCCGGCCGCCUGCUCGUGGCGGGGAGGCUGGACCGGGAGGAGCUGUGCGGCCAGUCCGCCACCUGCAUGCUCCCCUUCGAGCUGCUGCUCUCCAACCCCCUGCAGUUCUUUCGGGUCGAGGUGGCUCUGGAGGAUAUCAAUGACCAUUCACCUGUUUUCCCCGUGGAACGUGUCACUUUUAAGAUUGUGGAAAGGAGCGACCCUGGCACCCAUUUCCCAGUGAAAGCAGCUCGGGAUCUGGAUAUUGGCAGCAAUUCUGUCCAGAGAUAUAGCAUCUCUCCCGAGAACGAAUAUUUCAGUGUCUCCUAUGGCAGUAACAGUGAGAAUGACAGAAGCGUGGAACUGGUCUUGGAAAAGCCACUAGACAGAGAGGAGCAUGAAGAGAUGACUUUUAGUCUCAUUGCUGUGGAUGGUGGCUCUCCACCACGGAGUGGGACCACCCAGGUCAACAUUCUUGUUCUAGACGUAAAUGACAACGCUCCUGUCUUCACACAGAAAACAUAUGUUUGUCAGGUUUUGGAAAACUCACCAGAGGGUUCUACGGUGGUGAGUGUGGUUGCAGCUGAUCGGGAUACAGGAAUUAAUGGAGACAUAACUUAUGAGUUAAGCCAACCACUAAGUCAAACUGACAGCCCAUUCUCAAUUGACUCUAUGAGUGGGGAAAUCAGACUCACAAAACCUCUGGACUAUGAGGCAGCACAAACUCACGAGCUGAGUGUGACAGCCACAGAUGGCGGGGGACUCUCAGCUAUUUGCAAAGUGCUGGUGGAGGUGGUGGAUGUGAAUGACAAUGCCCCAGAGGUGGUGGUCAGCUCCUUCAGCAGUCCCCUCCCCGAGAACACAGCGCCUGGCACGGUGGUUGCCCUGUUUACGGUCAGGGACCGGGAUUCUGGGGCCAACGGGAAGAUCUCAUGUGGCCUCGAGGAUCAGCUCUUCUUCUCGCUGCGGCCAGCCUAUAAGAAUUACUAUGAGCUGGUGACAGUGAGCGCGCUGGACCGCGAGGAGACGGCUCGCUACAUCCUCAGGGUGACGGCAGCAGACGCGGGGUCGCCUCCUCUGACGAGCACGCAGACCUUCACCGUGGACAUCUCGGAUGUCAAUGACAACGCCCCCGUCUUCAACCAGACGUCGUACACCAUGUACGUGCGUGAGAACAAUGUGCCCACGGUGUUUGUUGGAGCCGUCAGCGCUGCCGACGCUGACGUGGGGCUCAAUGGCAAGGUGAGCUAUUCCCUGGCAGCGGUGCAAGCGGCAGAGGGGCCUUGGUGCUCGUGCGUGUCUGUGAACUCUGAGAACGGGCACGUGUUUGUGCUGCGGCCCCUGGACUACGAGCGCUUGAGGCAGACGGAGGUGACGGUCAGUGCCUCUGACGCGGGCUCUCCUCCCCUCAGAGCCAACGUCAGCGUCCGCCUCGUGGUGCUGGACGAGAACGACAACGCCCCGCUCGUGCUGUACCCAGGCCAGGACAGCAGCCCAGCGUCCAGUGAGCUGGUGCCCGUGUCGGCCGAGGCGGGCUACCUCAUCACCAAAGUGGUGGCCGUGGAUGCCGACUCCGGGCAGAACUCGUGGCUCUCGUACCACCUGCUGAGGGCCAGCGAGCCAGGGCUGUUCACGGUGGGUGUCCACAGCGGGGAGGUGCGUCUGAGGAGGCCGGUGACGGAGAGAGACAGCGUGAGGCAGAAGCUCCUUGUCCUGGUCAGAGACAACGGCAAGCCGCCCCUGUCGGCCACGGCAGCUGUGAGCGCGCUCCUGCUCAAGGACUUGUCAGACGUGCGCCUCCCCGGGCACGGCAGCCCGGCCCCAGAGGAUCAGGCUGGCUCCCUGACCACCUAUUUAAUCAUUGCCCUGGUGUGUGUCUCCCUGCUCUUCCUCGUCUCCACGGCACUCUUUGUGGCUCGCAAGGUGUGCAAGAGAAAGGAGCUGAAGGCUGGCCAUGUGCUUUAUGGUGCCGACAACUUGCAGAGCGGCCUGGCCGAUGGGGCCGCUGCAGGGAGCCUGCCCCGCGCCUAUUGCUACGAGAUCAGCCUCACAACGGGCUCGGGCAACAGCGAGUUCAAAUUCCUCAAGCCCAUCCUCCCCAGCGUGCCAGCACAGCACUGCGCCGUGGGCCACGGCCCGGAGGAUGAACAGCAUUUCCCCUGUGUCCCUGUCAGCACCGAGGACACGGCACCAGACAAUCCUGGCACUCUCUCUGCAGGACACUUCAAUUCUCUUUCCUUCAACUAGCUGGGCUCUGCACUGCCAGAGGCUUCAAUGCCCGUGGGAGAAAGGGAUCCAGGCAGCAGCAGGUGGCAAUGGUUCUUCUGUAGUAAAUCUGUAUUUUCAAUUGCUGUAAUCUACUUCCUCCUUACUGUCAGUCUGAAUAAAUUUUUCUGGCACUCCGAAAACACAACCAAGGAAAUAAAAGAAACUCAGGUACUCUCAGUAAGUCAAUAAUAUGUUUCAGCUUUGGAUGGUAAUUUCUUAAAGGUUUUAAAAAUAGUUUUACCCCUCCCCCUAUGCUCUUGUCUCUCUUGCUGUCCAAUGAAACAGUGGAGCUUUUUUUCUUUCCUGUGACACAAGGGCACUGUUUGACAGACAGUUCUCCUCCUUCAUAAAAUACACAAAACUGCUUUCCAAACUGAGGAAUGCAAAGAUAUUGAGAGUAGAGUGUCACAAUGUUGUGUGAGGAUUGGGCUCUUUAUUCCCUGAGUUCUCGAUGUCUCUGUUUAAGAUGUGUCGGCUCUGUGUGCUUUGGUUUCCUGUCAGUCAACAUAGCCACUGUGUGUCUGCAUACGAUUCACUAGUGCUGCCCGGUGAAUGGUGGAGUUGCUUCCAUCCACCUUUUGAAAUGCAGGCAAUUGCAGCUCAGCUGGCAAGAAGAGUAUAUUCACCCUCUCAGAACAGGAGUCUUGUACUCCCCAGGGCAGAAAAAACAGUAAAAUAUACAACAAAAUAUUCUUUUUGCACUAUAAAGCAGUGCUCGGUGUUCUGUCUAUUUGAAAUACAGAAAUAUAACAGCACAAAUGGUAUUUGGUUUACUACAACUGUACUAAGUUUUGAAAACAUGUUCAUUUCCUUUGGCUACGUUUCAUGAAAACUCCAUAUGUCUUUCAGAGAGCAUUUUCUGAAGGGUAGAAUCAAUAUGAAAUGGUAAAAAGGAGAUUGAUGUUGGUCUUCUUAUUGUUCCUAUAUACAAUGAUUUCUUGUUGGGUGUAAAAAGCUGUCCCUACAUGAAUUUUCCUAUCUGUGCUAGAGCAUUUUCAUCCCCGUUUUUGCUCUUUCUCCUGCUAUUUUCUGAACUGAGUCUGAGCAUUAUCUUUCCUUUCCUGC